GGAGAAUCCCGUCUGCUUUAGACAAAUGUGACAGAAAGAUAGAAGGUGAGGUGGGAAGAAAGAGAAAUAAAAAAUAAUAUUUUUGUUGGAAAUAGUGAAAAAGGAGGCGCUUGAGUUAUGUUUUUAUGAUGUCUUGAGGUGACUGCAUUGCAGUGGAAGAAAAUUUGUAUUGCACUGGGUUAAGCUGAAAAAACAAGAUAGAAAGAAAGAGAAAGGGGUGGAGAAACAAGUGAAGUAUUGUAACAGCUGCCCGGAACUGUGACAGUGAGGGAACUCCACAUCCAAAAAGUAACACAGCUAAGAGCACUCUUCUUAACAUGGGGAAGUCGGCCUCCAGGCUUUUUUGUGAGGAGGUGCUGAAGACUCAUAAUGAGUACAGGAGAAAGCAUGAAGCUCCCCAUUUAAAACUCAGCAAUAAACUGAGUCGUGAGGCAGCACGAUAUGCCGAGAGUCUUGCUAGCACCAGGAUUUUGAAACACAGUGCUGAGUCUAGCAGAGGAAAUUGUGGAGAAAAUUUAGCUUGGGCGUCUUAUGAUCAAACAGGUAAAGAUGUGUCUGAUCGCUGGUACAAUGAAGUGAACCAGUACAACUUUAACCAGCCAGGAUUCUCCUCUGCCACUGGACAUUUCACUGCAAUGGUGUGGAAAAGCUCAAAGAAAAUUGGUGUGGGUAAAGCUGUGGCCUCAGAUGGUUCUACCUUUGUAGUGGCACGUUAUUUCCCUGCUGGCAAUAUCACCAAUCAGGGCCACUUCCAGGCUAAUGUCCUUCCCUCUAAAAGCUGAUCCAAAUGUAGCUGGACACAAUGAGAACAAGGAUAGAGAUGGAAAUAGAUAGGACUGAGAAUGACUGAAUUUGGAGAGCGCUUCACCUGAAGGACAAAACACUAUCCAACACACUGACUGCACUGUGCAGGCUUUGGUUGGGUUAAAUACAUAAGGCUAACUUGAAUAAAAGAAGUUUGUAUUAUUCAAGGCUUUUAUUUGCUUGAAUACAAGGAGAGCUAAUGUUAAACCUAAUGCUAUAUAUUCUAAGUGUUAAGACGCAAGGUAUGAACCAGGUCUAAUAAUACUAUUUGCAAAAUUGGUUAACUUUUAACUCUGUGCCAGGUUUCAAUGGGAAAAAGGGAUGCCAUGCUAAAAGUAUUACAAAUAAUUCUAUGAAUGACAUGGGAACAUGUCUAACCACAUACCUCUACUUGAUUUGUCAGUGUUUCUUUAGGGGCCACAUUUCAUCAGAUUUAUUACAAAACACUGAAUUUUAGUAAAUGGCCUGAAGUACAACCUGAAUUUAUUUAGAUAAUCCUGCUUGUAUUUGUGUAUUAAUAUGUUAUGAAUUAAAAU